CUAUUGUAAAUAUCCGUUAAAUAGCCGCAGUAGAAAGGAGCCGAUUCUUGUUUUUAGUGAAAAUGUCUUUAGAAUCUAUUCCAAAGGAUUUAAAAGGACUUAGAGCAUGUUUAUUAUGCUCUCUGGUAAAGUCAAUAGAUCAAUUUGAAUACGACGGCUGUGAAAAUUGUGAGGAUUUUCUUGAAAUGAAAGGGGAUAGAGAUAGAGUUUUAGACUACACGAGCUCUAGUUUUGAUGGAAUUAUAGCAUUGACUUCUCCAGAAGAAAGCUGGGUUGCCAAAUGGCAAAGAAUAGAUAAAAUGACUAAAGGAAUAUAUGCUAUUUCAGUCACAGGAGAACUUCCUGAAGGAAUCAUUAGGAGUCUGGCAGGAAGAGGAAUUAAAUAUCGCUCCCGCAAUACCAGUACUAAAUAGAAUGUUCAACUCUUUUUCGUUACAUUUCCUGUAAAUAGAAUAUUUCAUCAUAAAAAAAGAUAUUUCUCUACAUUAGUUCGAUUUUAUUACAAAACAAAUAUUUGUAAGUUACGAAGAUAUUCUAAAUUAAAAAAAAA